GUGGGAGAGGGAUUGAGGAGAGGGGCGGGUCGUGGUGUGGAAUGUGUUGACAGUGGAGUGAAGCUGAGGGAUAUUGCUUUGAGGAAUUCAUGCUGGGUUCUGGGAGUAGUUGUUGGGUCAAGUGGUUCUGUCGGUUUUUUUUAAUUUCCUGCAGCCCAGUAAAUUCUAGCAAAUCGGACCCCAGACUUUAUUAGGUAGAAAAGGGUACUGCAGAAAAAAAAAUCCUGUUUUUUAAAAAUCCUAAUUCUUUUACACGAAUAUCUACCAGCCUGCCAGGUCGGAGGUCAAUUCAGUGAAGAGAAAAUUAAAAUAACAGGUCGAUGGCAUCAGUUAAAAAAAAAAAAAAAAAAAAAGCUCCAAAAAAUGACAAAACAAGCUUGUCGUUAAGACAACGGCACUGAAUGGCUCCAAAUGAAAUGUAUUUUUAUUUUUUAUUAAGAACCUCUGUGCUGACUAAGUUAAGGGAGAUAGAAGCUAAACCAAUGUAAUUCAAAUUCUGCUUCAUCUUUAAAAUCAUAUUUAAAAUAAAAACUAUAAAUUGUGUACGUGGCUGGACUGGUUUAUUAUUAUUCUAAUAAUGGUUGUUCUUAUUGAUAUUGCUGCUGUUUUAGGCCUAUGUGAUUGAUCUGUGCAUGCCUGUUUAUUGUUGGUAAAGAUCUUAGCGAAUCAGGGAUGAAUGUUUGAGAUGCACAUCCUGUCUCUAGUGCAGUAGCGUCGCAGCUUGAUUGAAGGCUGUGUCUUCAGUGGACAGAGUGAACUGCCUGCAUUCCGAGCGUGGAAAUUAAUCCAGAACAAUAAAAACAGUGAAAUCCUGUUCCCGCACUUCGUCUGUGUUCUGCAUGCCGGGAGCUGGGGGUGCAACAAAGUCAACAUCCAAUAGUAACUUCAUAUUCACUCGCUCACUAAUGAUCAAGCCAUUACCCACACACGUGACACCCCUGCACAGCAGUGUGAUCCAUUCCUGAUUUCAAUAGGAGACACAGACACACACACACACACACACACACAUACACACACACACUCUCACACCGAGACACACACACACACACACACACACACUCUCACACCGAGACACACACUCACACUGAGACACAGACACUCUCACACUGAGACACACACUCACACUGAGACACAGACACACACACACACAGACACACACACACAGACAGACAGACACACUCACACUGAGACACACUGACACACACACACACACUCACACUGAGAGACACACACACACACACUGAGACACACAGAUUGUGUUGAUGUUAGAAAUUCAAGUUUGAUUUUGUUGUUUUCUUUGCAGGGAUGUGUUGGGGAGCUGUCUUGUCUUCUGUGUGUCUAAUCCCGUUCUGCUAUAGCCACCAGAUGAGUCUCAAUUUCUUCCUCCCUCUGCAGCCUGUCAGAAAUGAACAUUAUUAUUAUUUAUUAUUAUUGUUAUUAUUAUUACUUGUUACUUUUACAGUGAUUGUUAUUUCACUUACACAUAAAAAAAAACUGAAUUAAUAAAAAUAUAGACCUUUUACAAAUUAUUAUUAUUAUUAUUAUUAUUAUUAUAACAACAGUUGAAGCAGGCUUUGUAGGUGAAGGGGGGACUGGGGUCCUACCUGGACUUGGGUUUGUCUGCGGUGACCACGCCCACUUCGGUCUCGCCGGGUCUGGAGUCGAGAGCGAGGACGGAGGAGAGACAGGUGAGUGCCAGCUCACCUGCGGAGGGGGUCAGGGGUCAGCACUCAGCGUUGCUUCGUAAACCUGCCCCGGAGGACUCACAGGCGCACGCAGGUGUUUGCAUUGUGCGCAAACGGCGUCGUCUCUGCUUAAUCCUUUCACUGAACAGCACGAAAUCUACAAGCCAGAGACUGUUGUUUAGCCUCUCUCGCCUCUCCUCUCCCACACUCACCUCGACAGUCACAGACACCGGGUCACACUUGAACAGAACCGGUCGAAGUGGUCGUCAGAAUCAUACCUGAAAGAGAGACAGCGUUUAAAUUGGCUGACAGAGAUUGCAUGCUUUAAAGUGUUCGUUAAUAUUAUUAUUAUUUUGAUUUUUUUUUCCCCCAAAGAAAAACAUUAAUUGGUAGGCUACUGUACUUAAAAUUAAUCGGUUAAAAUGGAAUGAGUCUCGUGUAUUUAUGUAUCUUUUUAAGAUUAGAAAGUGAAAAACGCCGGUCGCUUUAAGUUUGUAUUUUUUAAUUAGAAUAUACACAAACGUAGUUUCAUAAUUUCCUUACAGUAUAUAAAUAAUGCAAUUGUAUACAUUAUUAUGAGUUAUCGUGUAUUUUCUACAUAAAAUUAAGUCUCAAAUGAUGAGGGUAGCGUGCUGUUACUGAGUUCUCUCUUUACCGGCUGUACGAGUCAUAGCGAUUAUUAUUAUUAUUAUUAUUAUUAUUAUUAUUAUUAUUAUUUUCUAGCAUUACGAUUGUGCUCGGAUUAAUCUGUUGUGAACCUUUCGAAAGUUCUUCCAUUAAUAAAGUGGAUUUAUUUGUUUUACACCGGAUUUCAUGUGGCUCAUUUCUGAAAAGGAUCCAAACACCGUUGAAGGUCUGGGGUUCAGCCUCCAGAUAUACGGUUAUACUAUGCAUUUACCAUGUGUUUUUUUUUUUUUUUUUAAAUAUGCUUUCCCAGACCUCUCUGUGUUUUGCAAUGCUUCCCUAUGCUUUACCAGACCUCUCUGUGCUUUACAAUGCUUCCCUAUGCUUUACCAUCCCUCUCUGUGCUUUACAAUGCUUCCCUAUGCUUUACCAGACCUCUCUGUGCUUUACAAUGCUUCCCUAUGCUUUACCAGACCUCUCUGUGCUUUACAAUGCUUCCCUAUGCUUUACCAGACCUCUCUGUGCUUUACAAUGCUUCCCUAUGCUUUACCAGACCUCUCUGUGCUUUACAAUGCUUCCAUAUGCUUUACCAGACCUCUCUGUGCUUUACAAUGCUUCCAUAUGCUUUACCAGACCUCUCUGUGCUUUACAAUGCUUCCCUAUGCUUUACCAGACCUCUCUGUGCUUUACAAUGCUUCCCUAUGCUUUACCAGACCUCUCUGUGCUUUACAAUGCUUCCCUGUGCUUUACCAGAGCUCUCUGUGCUUUACAAUGCUUCCCUAUGCUUUACCAGACCUCUCUGUGUUUUACAAUGCUUCCCUAUGCUUUACCAGACCUCUCUGUGCUUUACAAUGCUUCCCUGUGCUUUACCAGAGCUCUCUGUGCUUUACAAUGCUUCCCUAUGCUUUACCAGACCUCUCUGUGCUUUACAAUGCUUCCCUAUGCUUUAUUAAGUUUACUUUUUUUACACGCAGUUGCUUAGUGAGUGCAAAACAAAUAACAAGGAAACGUAUCAAUCUAUAAAUCACCCGAUAAGCCGAAAGCAGCGAAGCCUGUGGUUUUUUUUGCUCAGAGCUGGCGGUGAAACUGAACCCCCAUGUUCGCUAUUUUGGCUCCGUUUGCCGUGUCCUUUAGUACUAAUUGAUGUUCCGUCGUGGAGCCGGAAUGGCGGCGCGUAGCGCUCUGCUCUGUGAACUCUUCUGAUACAAAGUUUACCGGAGUGGCACAUCAGGUGAGUCACGUCACGCCCCUGAGUUGUUGAUAAAGUCUAAUAAAAACCCGACCGUUCCUUUCUGUGUGUCUUACGAGGAGCAAGAGGAGACCAGGAGCUGACUGUCUCCACUGAAAUACAUGGCAUUACCUUUACAUUGAAAUAAAACACAGUAACAAAGUGUUACAAUGCAGACGCGGAGGGGAAGAGUCGGGUUUUGCUUGAAUGACAAGAAAAGGAAGAGGAUGAAUCUAGUGGUUUUUGCAGAACUUUGCAGGAAUCGAGGGAUUGAGGUGGUCCAGAUCAAUCUGAACCAGCCAAUCGCUGCGCAGGGCCCCUUCGAUGUCAUCAUCCACAAGCUCUCUGAUGUCAUGGGGGAGGCGGAGCAUGACAGCCAAUCACAGCAGCUGCUGGAACGAUUCGAGAGGUACACUGCGGGACACCCCCACACUGUGCUGCUGGACCCCCUCCCUGCAAUGAGACGCCUCCUUGAUCGCUUUGCCUCCUACAGGAUCAUGGAGGGACUGCAGACUGCCAUCCCUGGUGAGUGGAUCUGCAGCCCCCCCUACAUGGAGAUUAACUCGACGGAGCUGAGUGAGAAACAGCUGGACAGAGCUCAGCGCAGCCUGCCCUUCCCUAUCAUUUGCAAAACGCGAGUGGCCCACGGAUCGAGCUCUCACAAGAUGUCUCUGAUCUUCGGCCCGGCUGGCCUGUGGGACGCUCGCCCCCCCUGCGUGCUGCAGAGCUUCAUCAAUCACAGCGCCGUGCUGCACAAGGUCUUCGUGGUGGGGGGGGCUCACUUCACUGUGGAGAGACCCUCGCUCAAGAACUUCCCUCGGGGGCAGUCCGAUAGGAAGACAAUCUUCUUCAACAGUCAUGACGUGUCCAAGCCGGAGUCCUCCUCACACCUGACUGCGCUGGAAGAGGAGGCCGCUCUUCCCCGCCCCCCCUGCGAUGAUGUAAUUGCCGCCAUAGUAACAAAGUUGAGGUCGGAGCUGGGGAUGUCCCUUUUCGGAGUGGACGUGAUCGUCAACACUGAGACGGGGAGGCACACUGUGAUCGACAUCAACAUCUUCCCAGGGUACGAAGGGGUCCCCCAAUUCUUCUCUGCGCUGCUGAACCACAUCGAGGCUCUGUUGCAGGAGAAGGGAGGGGCCUGUGAGACCAGGGGCUCACCUGACCAUCCAGCAAAGGGAGGGGAGGUGGAGGUGGGGGCAUCAGCCAUGCCCCCCAGCACUAGCACCCUGAUCGAGGGCGUGAGCCUCACUGCAGCACAAAGGAAUAUCCACUAGAAACUAUCCUCAGGGCAUCAGAUGAAAUAGCCACUAGAAACUGUCCUCAGGGCAUCAGUUGAAAUAGUACUAGAAACUAUCCUCAGGGCAUCAGAUGAAAUAGUACUAGAAACUAUCCUCAGGGCAUCAGAUGAAAUAGCCACUAGAAACUAUCCUCAGGGCAUCAGAUGAAAUAGCCACUAGAAACUGUCCUCAGGGCAUCAGAUGAAAUAGCCACUAGAAACUAUCCUCAGGGCAUCAGAUGAAAUAGCCACUAGAAACUGUCCUCAGGGCAUCAGAUGACAUAGCCACUAGAAACUGUCCUCAGGGCAUCAGAUGAAAUAGCCACUAGAAACUGUCCUCAGGGCAUCAGAUGAAAUAGCCACUAGAAACUGUCCUCAGGGCAUCAGAUGAAAUAGCCACUAGAAACUAUCCUCAGGGCAUCAGAUGAAAUAGCCACUAGAAACUGUCCUCAGGGCAUCAGAUGAAAUAGCCACUAGAAACUAUCCUCAGGGCAUCAGAUGAAAUAGCCACUAGAAACUAUCCUCAGGACAUCAGAUGAAAUAGCCACUAGAAACUAUCCUCAGGGCAUCAGAUGAAAUAGCCACUAGAAACUAUCCUCAGGGCAUCAGAUGAAAUAGCCACUAGAAACUGUCCUCAGGGCAUCAGAUGACAUAGCCACGAGAAACUGUCCUCAGGGCAUCAGAUGAAAUAGCCACUAGAAACUGUCCUCAGGGCAUCAGAUGAUUCUUAAGGGUUAGGUAUUGGGUUAGGUAUGGGAUUUGGGUUAGGUUUUAGGGCUGGGGUUGGGUUGGGUCAGGGUGGGUUGAUGUCUGAGAGGUGACGAGCUCAGGAAGUGAAAGGUGGGAGUGCUUGGCAAAUGCCCUAGAAUCAUCUGAUGCCCUCAGGACAGUUUCUAGUGGCUCUUCCUCACCGCUGCGAGCCUCACCUCACAGGUUUGACAUUAAUAAACGGUUCCUCUUCCCUUAGAGCGGCGCGAACAAGUCAGAGGUGAGACUAAUUCACACUGUGCUGAGAAUCCCUUCAGUCACAGCAGAGUUACCAGGAGUCUGCCUGUUUGCUUGUAUAUCCGCUUCAGUCAGCGAGUGUAGAAUUGUGCCAUGUUCAGUUUCCUAUCUAUGUAUCUAUUAUUAAUGCAACUUCUCCAACUCCAUAGAGCUGACAACAAAUGUUUUAAAUUUAAAAAAAAAAAACACAAAAAUGAAGAGUUCAUGACCAAAGAGGAUAUAUUACUACAUGAGGGAGAUGAUCAGUUACUGAUUGUACAAAUCUGAGUUUUUUUUUUCCUGAGAUUAAUAUUCUGUUCUGUAUAUAUUUAUUACAUAGUUUUACAAUAAUUUUAUAUAAUUUAUUAAAGCACUUGUACAAGUUUAUUUUUGCUGUUGUUCCAUUUGUAUCA